CAAAAGGAUGUGAUCACUUCAUUAACAGAAAGAAAGAUCUGUGAGUUGUGGAGUUUGGUGUCAUGUUCCAACACACAACCUUAACAAAAACAGCUGAAUCUAACAAAAAGAUCAAAUAACAAAAUAACAGCAGAGCCGUACAAUGUUCAGCAACAAAGGAGGUGGUGAGUUUAGUUCUGUUAGCCCCUCUCGCAUUUGCAUAUUGUACUGUCAGAUCAUCAUCAUCAUCAUCAUCAUCAUCAUCCUCCUCUCUCUGUGUGUGUGUGAGUUUGUUCUUGUCCAGGGUUUGAUGGGAAACUCCUGGAUCUCGCAUCUGUCCCGCGGUGGGAACAUCUCAGCGUUACGGUGCGUGAGAACGGCUCCUGUGCUUUUAUGAAGAAUCAUAAAUAGUUUGUGGAGGUUUGUGCUGUUUGAUGGCUGUAGCAGCUCAGGAAGCUCAAGAUCACAAACACAGGGGCUUCUGGGUAAUGUACUUGCUCUGAAUUUUAUUAUUUUGGCUCGACAGUGAUGUUCUGUUAUUGUACAAAAGUGGGUUUGGGGUUUUCAGGACUCGUCCAGCAAACUCAGCACCGUCUGAUCUGAUUUACAGGGUCCAGUCAGACCCAAAGCGUUGAAUACGGUUAGAUUUUGGACACCGAGUAAUAAAGUUUCAGGAACUUUUUUUAGGUUUUGUAUAUUUUUUACAACCAUAAAAUAACAUUCCCAGAUUGUUCCGGGAAGCAGAAAUGUUGUGAAGAAUAUUCCUGCAUUGAUGGAUUUCCUGUGAAUGUUUCUGGCCGUUUGCAAGGUCUCUGUGAGUUUGUUGUUGUUCUGUUGUCAUGGAAACAGAUGCUCAGGGCCAGUCGUAUUAAAGCAGCCAUUGUGUUAAAAACUAGUUUAACCAAUCAAAGGAUAACCAGUCUUUUCCUUCUCAGAUCGUGCCAGAUUGAGCUUUUAUGCAUCGGAGCCUCAAAUAUUCGAGGACUAACUUACAGUGAAACUAGACUAGUUAGUGUGUGCUGCUCUCUGCUCUCAUGUGAGUGUCUGUGUGUUUCAGAUGUGCUGAGAUCAGCUGCUUCUCCGUUUCAUGAAGUCACCCGUCCUGGAUCUUCUGACAGGAAGAUGGAAGCGUCCUGGAUCUUCUGGCCGUUGCGAUGCGUGUCGUGGUGGAGUCUGAUCCGGCCGUGCCAGGUCUGGCUGUCUAAUAUCUGCAUGCGCUGGAUCCUGGCUGAUGUUCAGUUGGAGGCCACGUAUUGAUCAUCUGGUUUGUGUUAUUCUGAAUCAUCAGGCCAGGACCGAGACGCUCUCCAGAUCUAUAACUCACAUCUAACAAUGUUCUUGCCAUGUCCGUCUGCAGAAAAUCAUCAUUCAGACUUUAGGAUGACUGACAGACACGUCACGCUGAAGAUGUGUAGCUCGUGACAUCUCGGUAGUGAUGAGUGUGUUUGUGUUUUAUCUGGAUGUGAGUUGCAGAAGAUCAUCUCUGGAGGAAGAGCGCAGGCUACAGAAGCGUUCAGAGCGGAUGCGUCUCGUAUUUCUGGUAAAUGAUGAUUCAGCAAACACUGUUAUUAAUGAUCUGCUUGUGAAUCUGUCAAAUCUUCUUCUGACCCUCCGGACCUUCUGACGUGAAACGCAUCUGAACUGACGGACGUCCCGUAGGGAAUCGGUGUUGAUCUUGGCCGCUCGUAGAGAAUCUGUGGGUCGUUUAAGGAGAUGAAAUAUUGAGCUGCUGAUUAAAAGUCUAAUAUGAUGUGGAGUGAAACUGGAAGCGUUUGCGCGGACAGAUGUUUUCCCCGAGGCGUUCUCGAGCGUUCCUCUGGGUUCCUGAAGCUUCAGGGUUUAGUUUGAGGAAUGUGUGAUGGAUUUCAGGAAGUGCUGCUGGUAUCUGAGAUUCAUCCGAUCAAUCCAGUGAAAACACGGCUUUCGUUUGCACAAACGCUGAGGUGAGCCGAUCUGUGAAAUGAAGAGUGAGGAAGAGUCCGCGGCCACACGAGCGACUGAGCGAUUUCUCAAAAUCGUGCCGCUUUAUUUAUGACUUUAAUAUCGGUCCCGGCGUCUGUAAGGAGUGAGUUUGGGUUUGUUAUUGUGAGUGUCGUGCCGGCGUGAGGAACUGAAGCUCGUAAUGAGACGUCUGAACGCAUCAGCAUCACCGCGGCUCACAGCAGCACAGCAGACGCUCAUUACACUCGUUUACUGAGAUCAAGAACUGAAUUUGGGUUUUAUUGUGGAGCUGCUUUAAAGCUGUUUGUGUCUUAUAAAGCACUAUAAAAAUAAAACUUUAAUGGAUACACAUUCUGUGGAAGUAUCGCGGUAAAAUGAGGGUGUCAGAUUUGAUAUAAAAGUCACAUGAUAUUUAUGAUUAGGAUAUUCAUUCACCACAGUAUUUACAUGGUACUCCAAAGUACUUUGUUAUUAGUGCAGUGAAAUGGUUCUGUAGCUGUGGUGUUACCAUGAUACUAUUAAUAUCAAUGCCAAAUGCAUCAGUAGAGCUGAAAUGUUAUAAUUUAGUCACACGUCAGUAUAAGAGAAGGGGUGUGUGUGUAUGUACUUGUUCUUGCUACAUUGUGGGGACCAAAUGUCCCCACAAGGAUAGUAAAACCUGAAAUUUUUGACAUUGUGGGGACACACAAAAACAAACGUGUGUGUGUGUGUUUGGCAUCUGCAAUAACUCUCCAUGAGAUGGGCUCUGACACACACUCUCUCUCACAGACACACACUUACACACUUUUUCAGUUUUAGUUUUAGAUAUUUUGUUGGCUUAACAGAUAUUUGUACAUUUGUAUUGCCAAUACAUUGCAGCGUUGCUACACUCUCUCUCUCUCUCUCUCUCUCUCUGUCUCUCUGUCUCUCUCUCUCACACACACACACGCACACACACACAUUCUCUCUCUCUCUCUCUCUCUUUUACACACAUACACACACAGACUUGGAGCGUCACUAAUGUGCUAAUCACAUCCAGGCCUGGGCAAGUUUUGAGAAUCACUAAUACUGAACACUUGUGUGUGUGUGUGUGUGUGUGUGUGUUAAUGGUAUGAAUUCAUCUCAGUUCUGUGUCUUGUUUGGUUGUGGGAUGGUAAUGAGGUCAGUGAAGCUCCGCCCAGUGGGAGGAGUCAGUGAGACAGAAGAGUGAGACAUCAAUCAGAUGAGAUCAGAUGCGUCUGUCUGACUCACUGGAGCUCCUGCUUCAUGCUCUUCAGUUUUUGUAAGACGUCAAGAAGACACCUGCAAACAUCCCAGUCUGACCGUCUGACCGACUGCUGCUCAUUCUUCCUCUCUCUCAUCAGCCGUCUCUCUCUCUCUCUCUCUCUCUCUCUCUCUCUCUCUCUCUCUCUCUCUCUCUCUUUCUCUCUCUCCGGAGUGAUUCCAGACAGCAGAAGUUUUUCCCGGAGCGCAGUGCAGCGAGUGAAUGGGUCCAGGAUCAGAUGAUGUGGCUCCGGACUCUCCUGCUGCUCGGCCUGGUGGGACGCCUGCUGGACGUGUGUUCUGGAUAUUCAUCUGAGGAUGAGGAUUAUUACAUGCAGGAGCUCUUCAGUCGGGAACAUUACCAGCGCGUCACGGUGGACGGACCGACCGACGGCCGUCAAACACCCGCACGAGCCGCCGGGAAGGAGACCAAAACCAGGUCAGCUGCUUCCAAACCAGCCGGCGGAUCUGAUUCAGCGUCAGUGAAAAGUGGAAGCAAAAAGAGUGAGAAGAACAAGAAAACGGCGAAAGACGUCGGCAGUGACGUGGACGGCCUGUUCUCUGAGCGCGGCGACUGUCCUCCGCUGGGUCUGGAGACGCUGAAGAUCGAUGACUUUCAGCUCCACGCGUCCACCAUGAGGCACUACGGCCUGGGGCCGCACAGGGGCCGGCUGAACAUCCAGGGUGGUCUGAAUGAGGACGACAUGUUUGACGGCGGCUGGUGUGCGGGACGGAACGACCCUCUGCAGUGGUUCGAGGUGGAUGCUCGCAGACUCAUGAAGUUCACCGGUGUGGUCACUCAGGGACGGAGCUCACUCUGGUCGAGUGAUUGGGUGAGCUCGUAUAAGGUUCUGCUCAGUAAUGACUCUCACAGCUGGGUGACGCUGAAGAACGGCUCCAGAGAUCUGAUCUUCAGUGCGAAUCGAGAGAAGGAGAUUCCCGUCCUCAACACCUUCCCCAAACCCGUGGUGGCCCGUUACAUCCGCGUCAACCCGCGCUCCUGGUACGCCAGCGGCGGCAUCUGCAUGCGGGUGGAGAUCAUGGGAUGCCCGAUGCCAGAUCCAAACAAUUAUUACCGGAGACGAAAUGAAGUGACCACGACAGACAACCUGGACUUCAAACACCACAAUUAUAAGGAGAUGCGACAGCUGAUGAAGGUGGUGAACGAAAUGUGUCCGAACAUCACACGCAUCUACAACAUCGGCAAGAGCUACAACGGACAGAAACUCUACGCCAUCGAGAUCUCAGACAACCCCGGAGAACAUGAGCUCGGUGAGCCUGAGUUCCGCUACACGGCUGGUUCCCACGGUAACGAGGUUCUGGGCCGUGAGCUGCUGCUGCUUCUCAUGCAGUUCAUGUGUCAGGAGUAUCUGAGCGGAAACACGCGCAUUCGGCGGCUAGUGGACGAGACCCGCAUACACCUGCUGCCCUCCGUCAACCCCGACGGCUACGAGAAAGCCUACGAAGCGGGUUCGGAGCUCAGCGGUUGGUCUCUGGGCCGCUGGAGUCAGGACGGUCUGGACAUCCAUCACAACUUCCCUGAUCUCAACUCUGUCCUCUGGGAAGCAGAAGCACGGAAAUGGGUCCCACGCAAAUACCACAACCACCACGUGCCCAUCCCGGAAUGGUACCGCUCCACAAACGCCACCGUGGCGGUGGAGACGCGUGCUCUGGUGUCGUGGAUGGAGAAGAUCCCGUUCGUGUUGGGCGGGAACCUGCAGGGCGGAGAGCUGGUGGUGACGUUCCCGUUCGACCGCACGCGCUCAGUGACGACGCUCCGCGAGACCACGCCCACCGCCGACGAUCACGUGUUCCGCUGGCUGGCCUUCUCGUACGCCUCCACUCACCGCCUCAUGACCGACGCCAGCCGCAGGGUCUGCCACACCGACGACUUCGCCAAGGAGGACGGCACCAUCAACGGCGCGUCGUGGCACACGGCCGCAGGAAGUAUGAAUGACUUCAGUUACCUGCACACCAACUGCUUCGAGCUCUCCAUGUACGUGGGCUGCGAUAAAUUUCCACACGAGACAGAACUACCGGAGGAGUGGGAGAACAACCGCGAGUCUCUGCUCGUCUUCAUGGAGCAGGUGCAUCGUGGGAUCAAAGGUGUUGUGAGGGACGUUCAGGGCAAAGGAAUCGCUAACGCCAUCAUCUCUGUGGACGGAAUCAAUCACGACAUUCGCACAGCGUCUGACGGCGAUUACUGGCGUCUGCUGAAUCCCGGUGAGUAUCGCGUGUCGGUCCGCGCCGAGGGCUUCAGCGUCAGCAGCAAGGUUUGCACGGUGGGAUACGAAAUCGGAGCCAGCAGGUGCGACUUUGUGCUCGGCCGCUCCAACCUGUCACGCAUCAAAGAAAUCAUGCAGAAAUUCAACAAGCAGCCAAUCAGCAUGAGACAGCGAGCGAGACAGCGACGCCUGCCGGACACAUAGAGAGGUCUGUGUGUGUGUGUGUGUGUGAGACUGAUCCUCAUUGUGAGAGGCUCUUUCCUGGACUGAACACAAGCGUCUGAUGUUCACUAAUAAUGGCCUGUAUUGUGUACAGGAUCUGUUUAUCAAGAGAAUUUUUUAUAUAGUUUCAUAUCAUCAUCUUUUUAUUAAUGUUUAUUGGCUUUAAUAUAUUUCUGAUGAAUCAGAUCAUUUGUCCAUCUUAGUUCAUAGAGGAGUGAAUGUGAUGUGAGUCUGCUCUGCUCCUUCGUUCGUCUGAUGACAGUAUAACAAUAAUAAAAGAACAAUAAUAAAUUCAUUUCUCCCAUUUUUCUCCCAUAUUUCUCCCCCCAACUUUAAAAUAACUCAAAAAUCAUUCUUAAGCAGAUUCUUACGCACAUUAGAUCAUUCUUUUUGUUAAAUGUAAAGUUUCCUUUCGCUCAAGCAGUGGAGCCGACGCUCGCAACCACAGGGUCAAAGGUUCGAUUCCCAGUGACUGAAUCAACUGAUUAAAUGUUUGUUUGGGUAACAGUCUCAUAUCGGUGUCUGCUGAGUGUGUUUUAAUGCUGUAACAUUUCCACAAGAUCAUCAUCUUCCUUCAGAAUAAUAUGUGAAAUGUUUCCGUGUCAUUUCUGAGAAUGUAUUGAAUAUUCUCAGCAAAAUGUGUUGAAUGUUUUCUAUUCAUACAUACAGCAGCAAUAAAGCUUCAGAAAACUGAUCUGAAUAAAUCUGAUGUUCAGUCAGUGUGUGUGUGUGUGUGUGUGUGUGUGUGUACUUGUUUUUGCUACAUAGAGGGGACCAAAUGUCCCCACAAGGAUAGUAAAACCUGAAAUUUUUGACAUUGUGAGGACCGGCCUGCGGUCCCCACAAUGUUAAAAAAUUAUUAAAAAUAGUAAAUGAUGUUUAUCUGAAAGUGUAACGAUGCAAACAUGUUUUCUG